AUGCAGGAUGAAUUUAUAGACCAAAAGCUGGAAAGUGAGUUGUUUUCUAUUUUGUCUCCUGAACUUUUAAACGAAAUAAUGAUGGAAGAAUUUCCUCAGAUAAGACUAGGGCCUUCUGUUUCUCAAGUUUUAACAACCUUGACAAAUGGUUUUCUUCAAGACAUAGUUAAGAACUCAUUUAUAAUCUCUAAACACAAAAAUAACCCCGAAGUUCAAGCCGAUGAUAUACUAGUUUACUUAAAAAUAAAAUAUCCUGAUACUAGACUAGAAGAGUUUUGUGAUACAAUUUCACGGAGGAGAGAAAGCAAAAACGGAAUUAGCAAUUUAAUCAAUGAGGAAAAUACAAUUUCAAGUAGUAAUGGGCUGCCAUACACAUCAGCAGUUAAAAAAAAUGAAAGAAAAAAGGAGCUAAACUUCACUUGGCACCCUUCAACGCCAGAUCCAUACUUGAAUACAAGUAAGUCUUGCUUUUCAGGUAGAUUGAAAGAAUGGAAAUUAAGGCUGCAUCUUUGGGGGAACCUUGAUGAUUUAUCAUAUAAUUAUAUAGUUGAAAAUAAUUUAAAAUUCCCACCCGGAGGAAAUUUGAACUGUUGCAAUACAAUUAAUUAUAUUAAAAGUAUAUUAAAUAAUAACAAUAACAACAAAGAAGAUUUAUCAUUUGAAUUUAUUAAGUUUUCUGAUCUCAGAAUUUCUCCAAUUAGUUUUUCAGAGAGAAAUUCAUUAAAAAAAACUAUAAAAACAAGCAAACAACAAUUGAUGUGUGCAUCAAAUUCACAAAUGAACUCUAUUUCAUUGUCCGAAAAAAUAUUGUUACCAAAAAUAAUCGAUUGUAAGAAAAGUAAUGAUAUCAUGGACUAUGUUACUCUUUUUAUUCCAGAUAAUUACAAAGGUAUAUUAGUAUGGAAAUCAAGUAAUUUCGUACGCCAUUGCGAUAUUAAUUCUGCAGCAAACAAGUAUCAUAGUAAACUCACAGAACAUGGUUUAUCUCUUUUUAAAUUUAGCGAAAGGUACAAUAUAGAUAUAUUGGGAAUGGCUCAAUAUCCGAAUGAUGGUUAUUUAGAAAACAUUCGCAUAGAAGCAUCUAAUUUUAAAAGAGGGAAUAAUGAAUUAGGCAAGUUAAGAGGCGUUCCAUCUGAAUGCAUAUAUAGUCUAGUUAAUUCUCAAAAAACAAUUAGCCACCGUUCUAGUAAAGUAAUUCUAACUCAAAAUAAACUGUUUGGUUUCAGAGAACGGGACAUAUUUAAACCAUCCUUUUCUUAUCACCCUUGUACUAUUAUAUAUUGCAAGAUUUUAGACAAACUAAGCAGAGAAAAUUGCAACAGCACUCAUUUUGUAUUUGAAUAA